AUGGCAGAUUAUUCCAACGUUGAUUACGCUUACCUUGAAGCCUCUCUUUGUAACACCUCCGGUCAAGUUUCUCUUGCUGAACGUUUUAGGUCAUUAUUCACUCUCAAAAAUAUUGCCAAUGACCAAAGUAUCGAUAUUAUUGCCAAAGCUUUCAGUGAUGAUUCUGAACUUUUGAAGCAUGAACUUGCUUAUUGUCUUGGUCAAAUUGGUAACCCUCGUGCCAACCCUACUCUUGAAAAGGUAUUGGAAGACCUCAAGGAACAUGAGAUGGUGCGUCAUGAAGCUGCUGAAGCUUUAGGUGCUAUUGGAUGUUUAGAAUCACUCCCUAUCCUCGAGAAAUAUUUAAACGAUAGCAAUGAAUCUGUUGUAGACACUUGUGAAUUAGCCAUUGAUAAAAUCAAGUAUGAAAAUGAUCCUCAAACCAAAGCAGAAAGAGAGGCCAACAAGAGUAUGUACAACUCUGUGGAUCCCGCCCCUCCUACCAGCGAUACAAAGUCUGUUGAAGAAUUAGAAGCACAAUUAACAAAUUACGAUCUCAAGUUAUUCAAGCGUUAUAGAGCCAUGUUUGCUUUACGUGAGAUUGGUACAACUGAAGCUGUGCUUGCUUUAGCAAAGGGAUUAAAAGAUAAGAGUGCUUUAUUCCGUCAUGAAGUUGCCUAUGUCUUUGGUCAGUUACAACAUCCUGCUUCUGUACCUGCUUUAACAGAAUGUCUUCAAGAUCAAAACGAGGUUCAUAUGGUGAGACAUGAAGCUGCUGAAGCGUUAGGUUCUAUUGCUACACCUGAAGUUUUGGCUACAUUAGAUUCCUUCAAGUUGGAUAGUCAACAAGUUGUGCGUGAAAGUUGUGUCGUCGCUCUUGACAUGUAUGAGUAUGAAACCAGUGGUCAAUUACAAUAUGCCUCUCCUCUUCAAGGUCAACAAGCUCAAAACAUGCACGCUCUUAAGCUCGCUCAACAAUCCUAA